AUGUCUCGUGUUUUUCAACACUACUUGCCGCUUAUUAACUCUUUCCAGACUUCCCAACUUCCGCUCAAUUUCAAUCUGUCUGACUCGCAACACGCCGGCAACGUCAAAAUCGGAGGCUCGUUCUGGCUCAACUCUUUCGUCCACGGCUCAAAUGGCCAAGACUACUACAUCGCCGCCCAUGCCAUGGACUACGGUUCCAACAUCCCGGGCGCGAAACCCGUGUACCGGGGCGCCAUAAUGGGCAUCUCAAAUCCAUCUCUCUUCGUCAAAUUCGGCCCAACAGUCUCGCCGGGCACGAACUUCUACGAUGAGGCCGGCAAUUUCCACGCCAUCUUCGAUCACUUCGGGAUGGAGACGAGUGACAGCAGUGAUCCAUUGCAGGGCAUCCAUGCCUACAGCUCCGUUGAGGGCGUCGAGUUUGAUCUCACAUUCAACUACUCGUCUCCCGUCUUGCUAAAUGCCGCUUUGGGCUCUUACCUGGUCAAUGGCGACACUGGAUAUGAAUGGUCUAUCCCGCGAGGUGCUACAGCCGGCUGGCUGAAAGUGAACGGCAAGUUGAUUGACGUCGUAUCUUCAAGAUCACUAUCAUGGUACGACAGACAGUGGGGCUCAUUGCAAGACGCCUUCAGGUGGCUGGCCGUCAACUUCCCGGACCCAGUCCCGUCAUGGCUUGGUCUCUCCGUCCUCUGCGUAUGGGAUUGGGACGAUGAUGUUGAUGGACCCAAACAGUUCGCCACAGUCCGGAGCGCCAGUACCGGUCGUGACUCUGUAGUACCUGUCAGCGUUUCAGUCUCAACGACAAACACUUAUACGUCUCCCGAGACUGGAAUGGUGUACCCUUCGGAAGGUGUUGUCGUCAUAGGGGAUGUGGAGUUGCAUGUCACCACGCCAAGAUCCGAUCAACUUUUUGAGCCGGCCGAGGAGGGGACUGGAUUCCCACCGCAGUUCAGCGGGUAUGUUGAGGUUGUGGCGAGAAAGAAGGGAGAGAGACCGGUUACAGGGUACGGAGCAGUCGAUUUCAUGAAGAUAUGA